AUGAUCUUUCACAACACCACCCAAUUCCAUCCUUCCUCCUUUGUCCUUGUGGGGAUCCCAGGCCUGGAAAAAUUUCACAUCUGGAUUGGCUUCCCCUUCUGUACCUUAUAUCUGAUGGCCCUCCUGGGGAAUAUCGUAAUCCUCUUUAUAAUUCAAGCAGAGCCUAGUCUCCAUCAGCCCAUGUUUUACUUCCUGGCGAUGUUGGCAUCCACUGACCUGAGCCUGUCCGCUGCUACCAUCCCCAAGAUGCUAGGUAUCUUCUGGUUCAAUUUUAGGGAAAUUCUUUUUGGUGCUUGUCUUACACAGAUGUUUAUGAUUCACUUGUGCACUGGCCUGGAAUCCGGGGUGCUGACAAUCAUGGCCAUAGAUCGCUAUGUUGCCAUCUGCAAUCCCCUGAGAUAUACCAUGAUCCUCACCAACAAGGUGGUAGCUAUUCUAGGUAUAGUAAUGAUAGUGAGAUCUUUAAUCUUUGUCAUCCCUUUUGUGUUUCUCAUCUUGCUGUUGUCAUUCUGUGGUGCCCGUAUCAUCCCCCACACCUAUUGUGAGCACAUGGGCAUUGCCCGUCUUUCCUGUGCCAGUAUCAGGAUUAAUAAUUUGUCUGGAAUGGUUGCAUUUUCUGUGGGAUUUGUUGACCUUAUUGUCAUUGGUUUCUCCUAUGUAAAGAUACUGUACACGGUGUUCCAUUUACCAUCACGGAAUGCCCAAUUCAAAGCGCUCAACACCUGUGGCUCCCAUGUCUGUUUCAUGCUCAUCUUCUACUUCCCAGCAUUUUUCUCUUUUCUGACCCAUCGCUUUGGUCAUAGCAUCCCUAGUUAUAUUCAUAUAUUUCUGGCCAAUCUAUAUAUGGUUGUUCCACCUGCACUCAACCCUGUUAUCUAUGGAGUCAGGACAAAGCAGAUCCAAGAGCAAGUCCUAAGAAUUCUUAACCCUAAGGAUGUUUGA